UGUUGGACAGUUGGGUCGGAACUUCGAAGCCAUGGGAGGACAAAGACGAAGCAGAGCUCGGUCGAGGUCCCGCUCGAUGAAAGAUAUCACAUAAUUAGGUCCUAGAUUGCGGACACAGGACGCAGUUCAUCCCAUCUUGAGUCUGGACAAAUGUUCGUUGGCAAAUUACUUCCAAUCCGACAGGCCCGACACAAUACAUCCAGAAUGGCCAACACCGGACUAGUGCUUGUAGCCCCGGGAACGGACCCUAAAGUGGACAUUGUGUUUGUCCACGGGCUACGGGCGGACAUGGAGAAGACGUGGACCAGAGACACGGUCCUUUGGCCGGCCCAGCUCCUCCCAAAGGAGUUCCCUGAGGCUCGCAUAUUUCUCUUCGGAUACGAUUCGACCAUCUUUAACCUGCAACCGGGCAAGCUCGCCAAAACAGAAGUUCGCAGCAACGCGGACGACCUCUGCAGCAAGCUGGCGGCCGAGAGGUCCAAGGAACCCGAGGCUGGGAACCGACCCAUCGUCAUCGUCGCGCACAGUCUGGGUGGUCUUGUCGCGGCCCAGCUCUUCAACAACGGGGAGCAGAGCAGCGAAGACACCAACGCAAGGGCCAUUGUGAAGAACAUCCGCGGCCUGAUCUUCCUCGGAACGCCUUUCCGGGGUUCCGUCCCGGCUGGGCCGGCCGAAUACGCAAGGAGGAUCCUCAAGCUGCUGGGUGUCGAGACGCAAGAGCACACACUGAAGCUGCUGGGCGUCAAUUCGGAAAUGAUCAACGAGCUCGCCCGAACCUUCUCCAACCUGCUCAACAAGCGCAGGAUGUCCAAAAACGCCGAGGACCGGAUCAGCGCCUCCUUCUUCUACGAGACGCUGACAACCCGCGUCACUGGAACUCUCAAAUACAUCCAGGUUGUCGAGAACGACUCUGCCCAGCUGCCGGGCUGCGGAGAUGCCAUCCCCAUCCGGGCAGACCACCAUGACAUCUGCAAGUUCACGUCCGAAAAGGACGAAGGCUACGGUCUUAUCGUGGCUGAAAUCCGCAAGAGCCUGGCCCCGCCCGAUCUCGACGACGAAGGUGCGGGCGGCAGGGGUACGUGGGUGUACAACUAUGGCAAGGCUGUGAACGUUGGCAAGAUCCAAAUUGAUAGCCAGACGAACACCAUCAAUUGAGGGGCCCUCGGGUCGUGGGGUUAUGGCUGCCACGGGCACUGAAGUCGGGAAGGCAGGAGCGCCCGGGGACCUACUAUUCAGCCAACCCCCACAAUAUUAUUUCCAAGUACGAAUUGACGAUAAGACAAAUGCGGAAACUAGAACGAGAGACUCGUUGGGUAACACAUGAAAGUGCCGCUUGCCAAUAGGUCCUAUCCUCGAGCGUCGGGGCACCAAUGAAGGUGGAGGUUUUUGAACCGCCUCACUACCCCUAGACUCGCUUCGAGUCGGC